AGAAAAGGUUGCUUACUUGCUGGCCAGACUCCUGCAAGAGUGUCCCAUGGAUUGUGUGAGUUCCAGGUGCUCUCUGGUUGUUAGAAUAGGAGAUGGUUCAGAGGGAGGCUGCAGUAUAAACUGCUGGGACAAAGCAGUUCUAGAAACCUGAAAGUGUUAAUAGGUAGCUUGUUCUUGCAGGAGAAGAGUAAGCGUGUUUCCUAGAUGACAAGUGUUGCUUGUGCUUUUGUAUCUUGUUGUUUCUAGUUCCUUGCUAAAUAUUGUUGGUGCUUUGUCAGGGUGUGUGUGUGUCCUGUUAAUGCAAUACAGUGGUACCUCGGGUGAAGUACUUAAUUCGUUCCGGAGGUCCGUUCUUAACCUGAAACUGUUCUUAACCUGAAGCACCACUUUAGCUAAUGGGGCCUCCCACUGCUGCUUGGCCGCCAGAGCACAAUUUCUGUUCUUAUCCUGAAGCAAAGUUCUUAACCUGAGGUACUAUUUCUGGGUUAGCGGAGUCUGUAACCUGAAGCGUAUGUAACCCGAGGUACCACUGUACCAUCAAUACACGCAAAGCUUUCUGGAGCUUAGAAAAAGACUGGUCUCUGUCCCUAGCACCUUACAGUCCAAAAAUCUGCCCAUCGGAAAGGCAAGUACAGUGUAAUUUAAUGGGAAGUGGGUGGAUAAAUGUGGUUUUGUAUUAUAAGAAAAACUAAUCCCUUUCACAUAUGGGGUAUUCCGGAGCCCAUAUGGAGUCCUUGAGUGGGUUCCCUAUUGGUAGGAGAAAACAACAGAGGCCAACCAGAGAAUAUUGAGAAGCAAAGCAGCUAGUAAGCCUGAUCUUUAUCAAAGGGAUUGUCACAACAGGGUCCCCACUCAUUACACACAGGAGGGAGGAGAACCCUGAACAAUAGUGCACAAGCCCUUAUAUAGACUUUUGAAAUUGCCCACCCUGUAGUCCAAGACCACACCCCUAAAACAUCCUACAUACAUCACAGAAGGAGAUGGUCUACACUACAGCAUAGGAGGCGGUCUACAGCAGAAAUCCUGCCUGCCAGGAUACCUGAUAAUGGUCACUGAUUGCUUUACCUGGGCAGCCUGGCCAUUCUUUUGUGAUGGUAAAUACUUUAGUUCAGGCUUCUUCAACCUUGGCCCUCCAGAUAUUUUUGGCCUACAACUCCCAUGAUCCCUAGCUAGCAGGACCAGUGGGCAGGGAUGAUGGGAAUUGUAGUCUCAAAACAUCUGGAGGGCAGAGGUUGAGGAAGCCUGCUUUAGUUCCUGAAUCCAGGUCACAGGCUCACCCUAUUGAAUACACAAAUAUGGCCUUAAGACAGGAUUUGCAAGCAAAAAGACAAUGGGAAGGCUUUCCCUAUUUGCCUCCCUUACUGCAGAGGAAUAUUUGAGGAGAGUCAAAAUGGCUUCAGGAUUGCUCUAUUUCAGACACAUGGUUCAUAUAUUUAGAUAUGUGUGCAUUUAUGAAUAUUCAUUCUAUAUCGGAGACCUUAAAAUUCUUAUAACAGUGUGCUCAAAGGGGAAUGGGUUUGAAGUAAGGACUUCACAGAAAAUGUGGGUUUGGCAGAAUGCAUAUUUGAGUGAAUUGGUCCAAUUGAUCUGUGGUGUUAUUUAUUCACAGUAGUUUUACAUUGCCCAGUGAUGGAGAUCUUGGGACCAGCGCCAUCUUUUUUAAAUGAACAAGGAAUAAAGGGGGCGGGGGCGGAAGGAGGAAAACUCUGGAGGUCCAGUGGAGUUCAGCCUUCUGACCCUAAGCAGCUAAUAACUCCUGAAAAAAAAGUAGAAAAAAAGUCAGUUCCUGAAAAGCUUUCCUACCCCUGCUCUAACAAAUGAGAUGAGUACUUUUCCGAGCACAAUUCAAAGUGUUGGUGCUGACCUUUAAAGCCCUAAACGGCCUCAGUCCUGUAUACCUGAAGGAGCGUCCCCACCCCCAUCGUUCAGCCCAGACACUGAGAUCCAGCGCCAAGGGCCUUCUGGUGGUUCCCUCAUUGCUAGAAGUGAGGUUACAGGGAAUCAGGCAGAGGGCCUUCUUGGUAGUGGCGCCCACGCUGUGGAACGCCCUCCCAUCAGAUGUCAAAGAGAUAAACAACUACCUGACAUUCAGAAGACAUCUUAAGGCAGCCCUGUUCAGGGAAGUUUUUAAUAUUUAACGCUGUACUGUUUUUAACACUUGAUUGGGAGCUGCCCAGAGUGGCUGGGGAAACUCAGCCAGAUAGGCGGAGUAUAAAUAAUAAAUUAUUAUUAUUAUUAUUAUUAUUAUUAUUAUUAUGCAUGUGCUUCUUGUUUAUGGACUCAUAGCCGGCUGCUUCCUUUUCUUAUGUAUUGUAGGCUUUGUGUCCUAACCUUGAUUCAUGGGAUGAGCCUUGCACCAGCCCAAAGACUGUAAGAGCACCAAUUCCCCUUCCUCUGCUGAAUCCCACCGUGUCACCGCUACAGCUCAAUUUGUGUCUGAUUUCUCUUUCUGCAGAAAUUGACUGCCACUGAAUUUGAACUUGAGCAAGGAGACACCAUUCAAGUGAAAGGGAUGAUCUUGCCAGGUGCCACAGAGUAUGUUGUUCUUGUGUUCUUAUUUCCCUCCCCGCCAAUUUUUAUUUAUCGUUUUCAUUUUUACACUUGAAACAAUAACAACGCUUCACUUUUAAAAAGGAAAAACAAACCACAAUUAAUAUCCACUCCACUUCCACCCCUUCCAUUCUUCGUUUGCACAUUCUAAUUCCCCCCUACAUCUUAUUCUUUCUCAACUUUAUAUCUCAAUAUUUCUUACUGCUGAAUUUAUUUUGUUACUGUUAACUUUUUGAUAGGUUUACAGUACAUUUCCAAAUAAUCUAUAAAAUAUUUCCAGUCUUCUUCGAAUACUCCCUGCCCCUGUUCCCUUGUUCUAUUUGUCAGUCUUGUCAUUUCUAUAUAUUCUAUGAAUAGAAUAAUUUAAUCUAUUCAUCUGCAUCUGCCCUUAGGGUGAAAGGUGGGUAAGGAAUAAAGAACCAGCAGCAUGUGUCUCUAUUCUGUCAUUCCUGUGUUUGGAUGUGUUUUUCCACGAACUAUCUUGGAUCCAAAUUCAGAAACAGAAUGACCUAGCUUGAGGUUGAAUCCUGACAAGACAGAAGUACUGUUUUUGGGGGACAAGAGGCGGGCGUGUGUGGAGGACUCCCUGGUCCUGAAUGGGGUAACUGUGCCCCUGAAGGACCAGGUGCGCAGCCUGGGAGUCAUUCUGGACUCACAGCUGAGCUGUCCAUGGAGGCGCAGGUCAAUUCUCUGUCCAGGGCAGCUGUUUAUCAGCUCCAUCUGGUACGCAGGCUGAGACCCUGUCUGCCCGCGGACUGACUCGCUAGAGUGGUGCAUGCUCUAUUAUCUCUUGCUUGGACUACUGCAAUGCGCUCUAUGUGGGGCUACCUUUGAAGGUGACCCAGAAACUACAACUAAUCUAGAAUGCGGCAGCUAGACUGGUGACUGGGAGCGGCCACCGAGACCAUAUAACACUGGUCUUGAAAGACCUACACUGGCUCCCAGUACGUUUCCGAGCACAAUUCAAAGUGUUGGUGCUGACCUUUAAAGCCCUAAAUGGCCUUGCUGCAGUAUACCUGAAGGAGCGUCUCCACCCCCAUUGUUUGGCCCGGACACUGAGAUCCAGCGCCAAGGGCCUUCUGGCAGUUCCCUCACUGCGAGAAGCCAAGUUACAGGGAACCAGGCAGAGGGCCUUCUCGGUAGUGGCACCCGGCUGUGGAACGCCCUCCCACCAGAUGUCAAAGAGAAAAACAACUACCAGACUUUUAGAAGACAUCUGAAGGCAGCCCUGUUUAGGGAAGCUUUUAAUGUUUAAUAGGUUAUUGUAUUUUAGUGUUUUGUUGGAAGCCGCCCAGAGUGGCUGGGGAAACCCAGCCAGAUGGGCGGGGUAUAAAUAAUAAAUUAUUAUUAUUAUUAUUACUAGCUGCAUUUUAAGCCUGAGAAGAGUAUUCCCAGAGCACUGACUAACUUUUAAAGCAGUGGAUCCCUUUCGGAGGCCAUCUUCCAACAUGGGUGUAGUCAGGAUUUGUGUUUUGGGGGGCAGGACCCCCCACCUGUCAUCAUUCUCUGUCUGGCUCUGUCUAGAAGAUUUGGAAUGAAAUGUCUCAACAACCAUUGUUUUAAGUUACUUUCUUUUGACCCCAAGUGUUCAGAAAAACCUGUCAAAAUCUUUCUACCAUUUCUACUGUUAGUUAUCGUAUUUUUCACUCUGUAAGACGCACCAGACCACAAGACGCACCUAGUUUUUGGAGGAGGAAAACAAGAAAAAAAAUAUUCUGAAUCUCAGAAGCCAGAACAACAAGAGGGAUCGCUGCGUAGUGAAAACAGCAAUCCCUCUUGCUGUUCAGGCUUCUGUGAUAGCUGCGCAGCCUGCAUUCACUCCAUAAGACGAACACACAUUUCACCUUACUUUUUAGGAGAGAAAAAGUGAGUCUUAUAGAGCAAAAAAUACGGUAAGUUAGCUAUGACACUUCCCCCUGAGGCAGUUUGUUCCAGCUCUUGCUGUUUCUAAAUGUAUGAUGUGAAUGUGGCCCUUCAGUCCCAAGUUCGAAUUGUAGAGUUGGAAGGGGCCUUAGAGUCAUCUAGUCCAACCCCUGCAAUGCAGUCACCAGUAACACUUUCACCCUGAGUUCACGUUUUCCCUCCCUGCACUGGUCAUCCUCUUAAAGGUUUUCCGUCAAUCUGGGCGAAGACUGUGACAAUCUCAUCCUUCACUUCAACCCGUGCUUUGACAACCAGAAUGACACGAGCUCCAUUAUCUGCAUGUCCAAAAAACAUGGGGUGUGGGGGAAAGAAGAGAGGAUAACCGACUUCCCUUUUGAGAAAGGUGGCAAAUUUAAGGUGAGCACUUAGCUGUAUAUCAUAGAAUCUUAGAAUUGGAAGGGGUCCUAGGGUCAUCUAGUCCAACAAUUCAGGAAUCUCAGCCAAAGCAGCCAUGGCAGAUGGCCACCCAACCUCUGCAUAAGAACCUCCAAGGAAGGAGAGUCCACAACCUUCUGAGGGCAUCUGCUACAUUGCUGAACAGCUCUUAGCCUCCAGAGCAGGAGAACACAAGCUUGCUCCAUCCUCUACACAACAACCCUUUUGAUAUUUGAAGAUGACUAUCCUAUCUCCUGUUGACUUUGUCCAUGGAGUUUUCUUGGCAGGGAUACUGCAGUGGCUUGUCGGUUCCUGCUCCAGGUGGAUCACGUUUGGUCAAAACUCUCCACUAUGACCUGUCCAUCUUGGGUGGCCCUGCACGGCAUAGCUCAUAGCUUCUCUGAGUUAUUCAAGCCCCUUCACCACGGCCAGGCAGUGAUCCCAUGGACUGCAAGAAGACCAAACCUCUCCAUUCUUAAGGAAAUCAGCCCUGAGUGCUCACUGGAAGCUGAGGCUCCAAUACUUUGGCCACCUCAUGAGAAGAGAAUCAUAGAAUCAUAGAGUUGGAAGAGACCACAAGGGCCAUCGAGUCCAACCCCCUGCCAAGCAGGAAACACCAUCAGAGCACUCCUGACAUAUGGUUGUCAAGCCUCUGCUUAAAGACCUCCAAAGAAGGAGACUCCACCACACUCCUUGGCAGCAAAUUCCACUGUCGAACAGCUCUUACUGUCAGGAAGUUCUUCCUAAUGUUUAGGUGGAAUCUUCUUUCUUGUAGUUUGGAUCCAUUGCUCCGUGUCCGCUUCUCUGGAGCAGCAGAAAACAACCUUUCUCCCUCCUCUAUGUGACAUCCUUUUAUAUAUUUGAACAUGGCUAUCAUAUCACCCCUUAACCUCCUCUUCUCCAGGCUAAACAUGCCCAGCUCCCUUAGCCGUUCCUCAUAAGGCAUCGUUUCCAGGCCUUUGGCCAUUUUGGUUGCCCUCCUCUGGACACGUUCCAGUUUGUCAGUGUCCUUCUUGAACUGUGGUGCCCAGAACUGGACACAGUACUCCAGGUGAGGUCUGACCAGAGCAGAAUACAGUGGCACUAUUACUUCCCUUGAUCUAGAUGCUAUACUCCUAUUGAUGUAGCCCAGAAUUGCAUUGGCUUUUUUAGCUGCCGCGUCACCAGAAAACUCCCUGGAAAAGACCCUGAUGUUGGGAAAGAUGGAGGGCACAAGGAGAAGGGGACGAAAGAGGACGAGAUGGUUGGACAGUGUUUUCAAAGCUACUAACAUGAAUUUGACCAAACUGCGGGAGGCAGUGGAAGACAGGAGUGCCUGGCGUGCUCUGGUCCAUGGCGUCACAAAGAGUCGGACACGACUAAACAACAACAACAUCCUAUCUCCUCUCAGUCUCCUCUUUCCCAUGCUAAACAUACCCAGCUCCUUCAACCAUUCCUCAUAAGGCUUGGUUUCCAGACCCCCUCUGCACACAUUCCAGCUUGUCAACAUCCUUCUUAAAUUGUGGCACUCGGAACUGGACUAGGUCAGCAAUAUCAAAGGGUGUGUGUGAAUGCAGCAGGCAGGUGUGUGGCUUCUGCAGGAGGUGGUCUCUGUGGUGGGAGUGUUUUGGGGGUGCUGAACCUGCAACCCUCCAGAUGAAAUUGCGCUCCCAACUCCCAUCAGCCCCAGCUAACAUGACCGGUAGUCAGACACAAUGGGACCAAUAAUCCAGCAACAUCUGGUGAACUCCAGGUUCCCCUGUGAACGGGGGGAGACUUCCUUGUAACAUAGCAGGGUUCAGUUUAUGUGUGCAGAACAACGGUUGGGGGUCUGGCAUGUGUGAGCAGUACUUGUAUGGGAUUUGUAAACUGUGUGUUAAAAACCAACCCAUCGUUGCCUAUGGAAAUCUAGCUUGUAAGUGGGCCUGUCUAAUCUCUGUUGGGAGGGACUUUCUCAGAAUUUGGGUCCCUAAUAUCUAAUGUGUAGCUUUAGAUACCACCUUGCCAACAAAGGCCCGUAUAGUUAAAGCUAUGGUUUUCCCAGUAGUGAUGUAUGGAAGUGAGAGCUGGACCAUAAAGAAGGCUGAUUGCCAAAGAAUUGAUGCUUUUGAAUUAUGGUGCUGGAGAGACUCUUGAGAGUCCCAUGGACUGCAAGAAGAUCAAACCUAUCCAUUCUGAAGGAAAUCAGCCCUGAGUGCUCACUGGAAGGACAGAUCCUGAAGCUGAGGCUCCAAGACUUUGGCCACCUCAUGAGAAGAGAAGACUCCCUGGAAAAGACCCUGAUGUUGGGAAAGAUGGAGGGCACAAGGAGAAGGGGACGACAGAGGACAAGAUGGUUGGAUAGUGUUCUUGAAGCUACCAGCAUGAGUUUGACCAAACUGCGGGAGGCAGUGGAAGACAGGAGUGCCUGACGUGCUCUGGUCCAUGGGGUCACGAAGAGUCGGACACGACUAAAUGACUAAACAACAACAACAACAACAAGCUUCUGGUGCAAACAAGCAACGCAUCACUAGCAGAAAAUCGACCCAUACCAACAGGUUAACCUGGAUUAAUAGCAUUUAUUUAACUCUCUGUAGAUAAGAGUAAAAUGGGGGUGCAAGGCAAUUCUGAUGCGCCCUAGACUGCCACACUUGGGGUCAGAACAGCCUGGGGUGCCCUUGCAGGAACCAUUCCUUUAAAAGCUUUCAAAUGCUGCCUGGGACAUGUGUUUUGUUUUUAAAGUGUGUGGUGUCCCCCGCUGGUCAUGAUUAUUCCUUUUAUUUCUUGUAGCUUUCCUUCAUUCUUUACACUUAUGAGAUCAAGGUGCAGCUAGCAGCUGGCCAUGACAUCUUCUUCCCCAACAGGCUGGGCCUGGAGACCAUCAAGUACGUUGCGGUGGAAGGAGACGUCAGGAUCAAAGCCCUCAGAUUUCUCAGAUUAUCCUAGUCCCAAGUCACUGUUGUCUUGUUACAUGUCUGAAUAAACACAGCUUGUUCUCUUC